AUGUCCAUGAUGGAGUUCUCAUCUCCCCUGGCCGCAAUGCAUCCGCCGCCGUGCCCACCAUGGGGCAACCGCCGCGACCUGCCAGCAUCGAGAUCCAUGUACCAGUCGCAGACAGUCGGACCUAACAGCUUCAACUUCAAGGAAUUGAGCAUGAAGAAGACGACUCCCGACUACUUCACAAUGCGUCCCGCACAUGGCUCGUCGCCCACAGCGAGUCUCGCAGCAGACCUGUCGUCCAACUUCCACAUUGAUCAGAGGUAUGCACCACAUUCCGCACCGGUCUAG